AGUCGGGUGUUAUCUAGUGAACAGUGCACAAGCCAGCUCCUCGAUUUUUGCCGCUUGCGGGACUCUUGUGACGCUCAGAUGAAGUGUUGUGUUGUUAUGGGGGACUGAGCCAAGUGGGACCAAAUUAACUGCUCACAAGAACCGUACCGCCACCCUAACAUACUGUUGAACGCGACCGCAUAUAGACCGCACGAGGACUCCACUAAUCCGGACAACCAAUACGGUUGAACGAGUGUUGCACCAUGAUGAUGAACGAGCAGAUGACGGUGUCGACGACGAUGCUGCCGCACUACGAGUCGCCGCUGCCAUCGCUCUACGAGCCGCAGCCGCAGCCGCCCAAGCCGCGGCUCAUGUUCAAGAUGCCGCGGGUGGUGCCGGACCAAAAGGCCAAGUUUGAGUCGGACGAACUCUUCCGCCGCCUCGCCCGGGAGACAGAGCAGGUGCGGUACACAGGCUACCGGGACCGUCCGGUAGAAGAGCGCCGCCAAAAGUUCCAGAACCAGUGCCGAGACGGGUAUACUGAGAUUGCCUUCACCAACACGGGCACCAACCUGCAGCUGUCCUUCACACCUGUCCCGGGCGGCUAUUCCCCGGACGUCGACUUCAAUAAAGAACCGGGAAAGGUAAGCUCACGUGUCCUACUAAUUGAUGACAGGUGUUCACGUGUCCUACUAAUUGAUGACAGGUGUUCAUGUGUCCUACUAAUUGAUGACAAGUGCUCAUGUGUCCUACUAAUUGAUGACAGGUGCUCAUGUAUCCUACUAAUUGAUGACAGGUGUUCACGUGUCCUACUAAUUGAUGACAGGUGCUCACGUGUCCUACUAAUUGAUGACAGGUGUUCAUGUGUCCUACUAAUUGAUGACAGGUGCUCAUGUGUCCAACUAAUUGAUGACAGGUGUUCACGUGUCCUACUAAUUGAUGACAGGUGCUCAUGUGUCCUACUAAUUGAUGACAGGUGCUCACGUGUCCUACUAAUUGAUGACAGGUGUUCACGUGUCCUACUAAUUGAUGACAGUGUUGCCAACCCGGGCACGUUUGUUGUCAUUCUCCUCGGUGUUGCCAUCACCGAGAUCACAGACAUCGUCGCCACACCAUACAAUCACCUCUUUGUUUACGACCGUCGUUGA